AUGCCGCCCACAGCACCACCUUCGGCCUUGGAUGGGCCCCUGACGGCAGAGCAAGCCUUCGACUCAAUCGGCCCGGCAUACGAAGAUGCCUUCGAAGGCCUGCCCGAACAGGCCUACUCGAUCCAGUGGCUACUGGCCCAGCUCGAGAAUUCUGGAGCCAAGACGGCCAGGUUCGUCGACAUAGGCUGUGGCACGGGACGCCCUGUCUGUCUGUCACUUGCCAACGCGGGCCACGAUGUCCUCGGCAUCGACGUAUCUGCCGCAAUGGUGGCUGCAGCCCGUGAGCGGGUCCCAAAUGCGAGGUUCGAGCAAAUGGAUAUCUGCAAUUUCAACCCACCAAAGGGUUCGUACGACGCUGCCAGCGUCUAUUUCAGCCUGAUUGCCAGCGUGACCCAGGAAGAUAUCAAAAGAUAUCUUACGAAGAUAUACGAACUCCUCAAGCCAGGGGGCUUCUUCGUCUUUGCAACGGUACCAGUUGAUGGUGAGAGCAUGCAAAUCAAGUGGAUGGGACGACUAGUCACAGUUUCGAGCCUGAGUCCGGAUGAAGCAGUGCUGGCAGUCAGCAGGGUCGGCUUCGAAGUUGUUCAUGAUAAAGUUACAAAGUUCAUGCCCAAAGGGGAAGAGGCUGGCAUCUGCCAGAAGACGGAGGUGUGGGAAGAGCCUCACCUGUUUGUGUACGCGAGGAAGCCAACGUCAAACUAG